AUCGCAAAACCGUCUCUCUAUUUCACAAUUCCCAAAUUACCCCACUAAUUUGUCAACAAUUACCAAAUUCGUCCCAUCGAAGACCCAACACUGAGGAAUGAGAAAACCCAGAAACCCUUAAAUAUAUUUCUCUCUCCUACUACUUAUGCUCUCUUCCCCCAGGUUACAUUAAUUUCUCUGCAAUUCAUCGAUCGGCGUGGCUGCAAUCUUUCCGGCCAUGACUGUGAUAACUCCUCAGCCCUUGGAUCUACAGGAAGAUGAUGAGAUGCUCGUACCACACUCGGAUUUAGUUGAAGGUCCGCAGCCCUUAGUUGAAGGCCCACAGCCCUUAGUUGAAGGCCCGCAGCCUAUGGAAGUGGUAUCAGCAGAGGGUGCUAGAACUGUGGAAAACCAGGGUCCUGACGACGCACAAGUAGCGCAUUACAAAUGGACGAUAGAGAACUUCUCCAGAAUAAGCAUGAAGAAGAUUUAUUCUGAGGUGUUUGUUGCCGGGGUUUAUAAAUGGCGGGUGCUUAUUUUUCCAAAAGGAAAUAACGUGGACUCCUUGUCUGCGUAUUUAGAUGUGGCUGAUGUAGGUAAUUUGCCGUAUGGGUGGUCUAGAUACGCACAGUUUAGCUUGGCUGUAGUCAACCAAAUGAACAGCAAACAGACGCUAAAAAAAGACACACAUCAUCAGUUCACUCAAAGGGAGAGUGAUUGGGGUUUCACAUCUUUCAUGCCUCUAAGUGAACUUUAUGACCCUAACAUGGGGUACCUGGUGAAUGAUACUUGUGUUAUUGAAGCUGAUGUUGCUGUCCGGAAGGUCAUUGAUUACUGGGCAUACGACUCAAAGAAAGAGACAGGCUAUGUUGGACUUAAGAACCAGGGCGCAACUUGUUAUAUUAAUUCUCUGCUCCAAACCUUGUACCAUAUUCCUUACUUCAGAAAGGCUGUAUAUCACAUGCCAACAACUGAGAAUGAUAACCCCACCGGGAGCAUCCCUUUGGCUUUACAGAGCUUAUUUUAUAAGCUUCAAUAUAACGACACCAGUGUCGCUACAAAAGAAUUGACUAAAUCAUUUGGGUGGGACACAUAUGAUUCCUUUGUACAACAUGAUGUGCAAGAACUCAACAGAGCUUUAUGUGAAAAGCUCGAGGACAAGAUGAAGGGAACUGUGGUUGAAGGAACUAUACAAAAGUUGUUUGAAGGCCAUAAUAUGAAUUAUAUUGACUGUAUUAACGUGGACUUCAAGUCCACAAGAAAAGAAUCAUUUUAUGAUCUUCAGCUUGAUGUAAAAGGUUGCAAAGAUGUGUAUGCUUCAUUCGACAAAUAUGUAGAAGUAGAAUGUCUUGAAGGAGAAAACAAAUACCAUGCUGAACAACAUGGUUUGCAGGAUGCCAAGAAGGGUGUCUCGUUCAUCGACUUUCCGCCAGUUUUAUUUCUUCAGUUAAAGCGAUUUGAGUACGAUUUUAUGAGAGAUACAAUGGUUAAGAUAAAUGACCGCUAUGAAUUCCCGUUAAAACUCGAUCUGGAUAGAGACGACGGCAAGUAUUUGUCCCCCGAUGCGGAUAGGAGUGUUCGAAAUCUCUACAUGCUUCACAGGGCUUUGUGCCCUGUUAAGGAUAUUCAUUUCGAUCUUGUUGAUCAUGAUAAAGUCCAUAACUUCAGAAUCCAGAAACAGACACCUUUGAACCUUUUCAAGGAGGAGGUUGCUAAAGAAUUUGGUAUACCAGUUCAAUUUCAGCGCUUCUGGAUAUGGGCAAGAAGACAGAACCAUACAUUUCGUCCAAACAGGCCAUUGACACCACAGGAGGAAGCACAAACUGUUGGAGCAUUGAGGGAAGUUUCCAAUAAGGCCCACCAUAAUGCAGAGCUGAAGUUGUUCUUGGAAGUAGAGCAUGGACCGGAUUUAAAUAUGCUUCCUCCCCCAGAAAAAAAUAAGGAAGACAUACUCCUGUUCUUUAAGCUUUAUGAUCCCGACAAGGAAGAGCUCCGAUAUGUUGGAAGGCUUUUUGUGAAAAGCUCCACCAAGCCAAGUGAGAUCCUGGAAAAAGUAAAUGAAAUGGCUGGAUUUGCUAGUAGUCAAGAGAUUGAUCUUUUUGAGGAAAUAAAAUACGAGCCAUCUGUCAUGUGUGACCCCCUUGAUAGAAAAGCUUCAUUUCGGUCUAGUCAUAUCGAAGAUGGGGACAUUAUUUGCUUCCAGAAACGACCUCCACCUGAGAGUGAGGGGCAGGUCCGAUUUCCUCAUGUUCCUUCAUAUUUGGAAUACGUGAAAAAUCGCCAGAUUGUGCAUUUUCGAGCUUUGGAGAGACCCAAAGAAGAUGAAUUUUGCCUAGAAUUAGCUAAGAAUCACACUUAUGAUGAUGUUGUGGAAAAGGUUGCCCAGCACCUUGGCUUAGAUGAAUCGUCUAAAAUUCGGCUUACUCCACAUAACUGCUAUUCUCAGCAACCAAAGCCCAAUCCUAUCAAAUACAGAGCAGUUGAUCAUUUGUUAGGCAUGCUUGUCCACUACAAUCAGAUAUCGGAUAUACUGUACUAUGAAGUACUGGAUAUUCCUCUUCCAGAGUUGCAGUGCCUCAAAACGCUGAAAGUUGCCUUCCAUCAUGCCACAAAGGACGAGGCUAUAAUCCUCAAUAUCAGAUUGCCUAAACCAAGCACUGUCGGAGAUGUGAUCAAUGAAAUCAAAACAAAGGUAGAAUUGUCUCAUCCAAGUGCUGAACUUAGGUUGCUUGAAGUUUUCUAUCACAAAAUUUACAAGAUUUUUCCUAUGCACGAAAAGAUUGAGAACAUAAAUGACCAGUACUGGACAUUGCGUGCUGAGGAGAUUCCAGAAGAGGAAAAGAACUUGGGGCCUAACGAUCGCCUGAUUCAUGUUUACCAUUUCACGAAGGAUAGUGCCCAGAAUCAAGCGCAAGUCCAGAAUUUUGGGGAACCAUUCUUUCUGGUCAUCCAUGAAAGUGAAACAUUAGCAGAGAUUAAAGCACGAAUUCAGAAGAAAUUGCAGGUUGCAGAUGAGGAGUUCUUGAAGUGGAAGUUUGCCUUCUUAUCAUUGGGACGUCCGGAAUAUCUUGAGGACUCUGACAUUGUUUCCAGUCGUUUUCAGAGAAGAGAUGUUUAUGGUGCUUGGGAGCAGUACCUGGGGUUAGAGCACUCGGAUACUAGUCCUAAAAGGGCGUAUUCUAACCAGUUGCAGAACCGCCACACAUAUGAGAAGUCGGUGAAAUUAUACAAUUGAGUCUGAGAAUACCGGAAUGAGAGGAAAGGGAAACGAGACCCAUUGUGGCUCUCUGAUAUUUUGGUCUUAAAUCAUUUUUAUUGAAACUAGUCUUUGCUUCUCAUCUUCCCAAAUUUAGUUGCUUUCGUUCAUGUACAUGAUGACGAGAUUUUUGGUUUAUGGGGUUGUAAAGUGGGGUAUAGUUAGGCCUUCCGUAGUGUCUCCUGCCUUUCAGAUUUCAUAUCCCCUUGUUUUCGUUGUAUCUUGUGAAGACUUUAACGAAAUAAGGGGGUUGGUGGUGGUGAGCUUGUUAAAGAAACAAUCAAUCCUGUUGUUUUUUACAGCGGAUAAAAUUUAACUUGUAAAAAA